GCACGGAUAAUCUACGAGGACUUCAUCUCGAUCCUGUCACCGAAGGAAGUCUCGCUGGAUUCACGGGUCAGGGAGAUUAUUAACAGCAACAUGGUGCAUCCCUCUGCGCAUACCUUCGACGAGGCCCAGAAUCAAAUCUAUACGCUGAUGCAACGCGAUUCAUAUCCUCGUUUUGUUGCCUCUGCAUUGUAUAAAAAAAUUUUGGGCUCCUAUGGACAAAUGGAAGAACUGUGA